AUGAAACCCUACUCGGCUCAUUAUUACUAUACACGCAACCUUCUCAGUAGCCUUAUUCAGCUUCUCGCUCUUGCUUUUGCCUUUCAGGAUGUUUGUUCUGCAUUAGCGAUAGCAGUUUCUUCCGUGGGAGAUGAAAUUAUAACUACCGCGACCCAACUAAUUAACGGACGGGAUGGUCUCGCUAAGAGACUUACGGUGCCGUCUGUGCCGUACAUCCGCCAAAAGAUUAUUGCUGGAGGCCGCAUGAACAAUAAGGUGUCGAUUUUCUGGAACGGGUUUCAACCUCCCUCUGACGGUUACGCUGCUGGACGAGCUUAUAAAAGAGAUGUGAUUGGAUGCGAACGGGGGGUUCUAUACAAUGAGGCACUUCCCGAACCAGAUUGGGUCUACUUCCAAUCUGUAAAUGAGAACGGCCAGCCUGUGGAUAAUCAAUAUAUGGAAAAGAUUCAAGUCAUGUCAGCAGUAUUCGCACAGACGUCUAGUAGAAACGCUUAUGUUUUAGUUGAGGACGGCAAAGUAUUCGCUCCCGCUUCAACUUGGACUCUUUACGAAUAUCCGAACUUGACUGCUCCCGGUUCUGCUGUGACCGAGAUAUUUCUCGUGAGCUGGCCAUCACAAACGCAGCAGAGUAUCUGGCGACGGGGGGACCCACAACAAGGAGUAUGGCCACCAAUUGGUGUACCCUGGGACAUUUUUGCGGUAUAA